UUUGGCUGCAGCAGGGAUACAGAGAGUUAAGGAUGCCCGCAGACGGCAUGAGGGUUGUGGCGUUAAUCAGCGGAGGGAAGGAUAGCUGCUACAAUAUGAUGCAGUGUGUCUCAGCAGGUCAUCAGAUAGUUGCACUUGCUAACCUGAGACCCCCGGAGGCUGCAGUGGAUGAGUUAGACAGUUACAUGUACCAGACGGUGGGACACCAUGCAUUGGAACUGUAUGCAGAGGCCAUGGGGCUGCCCCUUUAUCGAGCCACUCUCAAGGGCACCAGCCUUGACAUCGGGAGAUCAUACACGCCACACGAAGGGGAUGAAGUGGAAGAUCUCUAUCAGCUUCUGAAGCUGGUCAAGGAGAAAGAGUCGGUGGAUUCUGUGUCUGUUGGAGCUAUUCUAUCUGACUACCAGCGUGUACGAGUGGAGAACGUGUGUCAGAGGCUUGGUCUUCAGCCUCUUGCUUUUCUGUGGCGUCGGAAGCAGGAGGAACUUUUGGAUGAAAUGAUUGCCAAUGGCCUUGAAGCCAUCCUCAUCAAGGUAGCUGCGUUUGGUUUGGAUCCAGAUAAACAUCUAGGGAGGACACUGGAAGAGAUGAGGCCUCAACUCAAGAAGCUUUCGCAUAAGUAUGGCGUCCACGUGUGCGGAGAAGGAGGGGAGUAUGAGACCCUCACCUUAGACUGUGCCCUGUUUAAGAAGAGAGUAGUAGUUGAUUCUUCAGAGGUUGUGGUACAUUCUAAUGAUGCCUUUGCCCCCGUGGCUUAUCUUAGAUUACUGAAGCUUCAUCUUCAAGACAAGGAUAACACCUCGGUUCUGGAUUUUAAAGGAGAAUGCCCUUGUGAUCUAGAACUCACUGUAGAGCCUGUUCAAUGUGACAUGGAGCACCAGUCCUUGACUUGGCUUCCACAGGGCCUUCCAUCGGUUUCCUCCUGUAAAACCAAAAAGUGUCCUACCAAGUCUCAGGGUGGAUUUUUAUGGAUCAGUGAGCUCAUCAGCUCUGGUCAAAGUGUCUAUGAUGCUUCUCAGAGAGGACUUUCCACACUGAAUGUCCAUGUGGAAGAGUUGGGAUUGAAGCUGAAAGACGCUGUGUUGGUCCAUCUGUACGUUAGGAACAUGGCGGACUUUACUACUAUAAACAACGCGUACAAGACUCUUUUUCCUGAGGCUCCCCCGGCGCGGGUUUGUGUACAAUGCCUUCUUCCCGCGGAGACCCUCUUUAAGCUCGAUGGCCUGUUCUGGUAUAUGGAGCCUGAUGUCUGCAGGGAUGACUACUUUCUGGAGAAGAUUUCCAUGCAUGUGCAGAGUGUCUCCCACUGGGCCCCCGCUAACAUUGGACCUUACAGCCAGGCUAUACGAGUUGGUCCGGCGGUAUUCUGCGCUGGACAGAUUGCACUGAAGCCCUGCACCAUGCGGCUGGUCCCAGGAGGUAUUACGGCCGAGGCUGAUGUCUCGUUGCAUCACGUGGAGAGAGUGCUGGGUGCCAUGAGCCCCGGGACUUCCCUGAGCCACGUUCUACUUUGCCACUGCUAUGUGACACAGAGCUCUUAUAUACCCACCGCUGUGGCGGCAUGGGCAAAAACACAAAAGGAUACGUCCGCCUCUAUCUCAGUGGUGGUGGUACCUGAGCUUCCCCGUGGGGCAGCGGUUGAGUGGCAUGUGGUUGCGGCAGUAAGUGACCCUUUGGACAGAAGAUGCAUAUCCACGACGGAAGAGAAUCUGGGAUACCGGGCGAUUCUGUAUGGAGUGGUGUCAAGCUGCUUGUCCUGUGCCUCCCUCACAGUCUCCCUGGCUGUCUCUUCUCCUGGGCUUCCAUGUCAGGACUGGAGCCCUGCUAGACAAGUCCUCAUAACUGUGCUUAGGAGAGCAAUAGAGGAGCUUCCCGGAGAGACUCCCCUCACACCCCUGUGCUGCAGGACCUUUUAUAAAAGUGAAGGUUCGGAGUUGCGAGGUCUGCAAACAGGGCUGGAAGGAGUUCUGGUUGACGUGUGGGGAGACACGGCCCCAACUCUGGUUCUAGUGCCUGUGUCAGGACUGUCCAUCUCUGAAGUCUUGCAUCUAUCAUUGUGGUUCAGCUCAUGACCACGUCUCGCGGUGGACUUGUUGGAAGAAGAGGAUUCGACAGACCUUAAAAAAAGUCCAUAUAUAUUCCAAAUCUCAGACUGGACAUUUUAUUCAAAACCAGGUGGUCGAUAACAUAUUAAACUAGCCUCAGGAUAGCUAACAAUAGGAUGUAUGAAAAACCGCCUGUCUCAAGGAUGGAAGGCAGGAAGCACUGUGUACAUCUGCGGGGGACCUGAUCCAAAAACCAUUAAGUGUGUAGUAACUAAAGCAUUUGCAAUAUGUAUAUAUUGUAUAUGGAAAUAUUAGACUUGAUAGUACAUGUUCCAAAGCUGCAGUGGGAUUCUGACUGCUUUUGAUUAUUGGAGGUUGUCCGAGGUGGCUGGGUGAAGGGCAGCGUAAAUUAUCCUAGAGUAAAAAGUGGCUUCAAAUAAAAAUGUUAUAAUAAAUACA